UUAACAUUUGAAUCUCACUCAAUCUCAAUCUCAGCUGUUCAAUUUUAAAUCAAUAUAUCCAGUGGCUAUUUUUAAACUGGACCAACACCUUUUCUUUCAACUUUCUCUGUAGAGAAUAUCUAAGCUUAGAUCUUCUUGUUUAUUUGCUCCCUGUGGGCUUGGCCCGUUUUCUCUCUCGUCUCGAUAUAUAAUUGUAAAUGCACUCAAUUGCGAACGAAACCUCAAUUUCCAACCCAAUGAAUCUCCUACUCAGCCGCACCGUCCUCAAAACCUUACGCCGCCAGAUGAUGGUCCCAAACGGCACCGUCAUGAUCCGCGGCUUCGCCGGCGCUGGAAACUUACAAACAGAAUCAAACAAGGCGGGGGAAGCAGGGUUGUGGAAAGCAACAACCACUCAGAAGCCAAAUUCGGUUUCUUUCAAUGCAGCUAUUCAGAGAUUCUGCGCGGAAGGGAGGAUAACAGAGGCUGAAGAGGUGCUUCAGGAGAUGAAUCGGAAGGGUUUGGCCCCUGAUGAGACUACUUACACGUCUCUCAUUCAUUUGUUCACCAAAUACCAGGUAUAUAAGGUUCAUAAGGUUAUGUGUGACAUGAUUUUUAGUGGUUUUUUGCCUUCGGUUGCUACCUACAACGACCUUGUUCUUGCGUAUUGCCGUGUUGGGUCGGUUGAUCAGGCCUUACGGGUUUUGAGGGACAUGGUCGACAAGGGUGUGGACCCAAAUUUGGUUUCAUUCAAUGCUGUUCUUGAGGUUUUGUCCCGGCAACACAGGUGGGAAGAUUCUGAGCCGCUGGUUGAGGAGAUGCAUCGGAGGGGUUUGGCCCCUCAUGAGACCACUUACAAGUCUCUGAUUAUAAACCACUGCAACAAAUGGCAGGUAGAUGACGCUUAUAAGCUUUUGAGUCAAAUGAUUGCUAGUGGCUUUUCACCCUCGGUUGCUAUAUACAACCACCUUGUUCGUGCAUAUUGCAUUGAGGACAGGGUUGAGGAGGCUGUAAGGAUUUUCAGGGGCAUGGCUGAGAGAGGUUUGUCACCUGAUGCUGAAAGUUAUAACACUCUAAUUACUAAGUUUUGCGAAGACAAGGAGCUGGAAAAGGCCAUUGAAAUGAAGACUGAGAUGGUUGAGAAGGGCAUCUUGCCUGAUGCCAUCACAUUUUCGUCGCUUAUACAGGCCCUGUGCCCGCAGCGAAGACUGUCUCAAGCUUUUGAUCUCUUCCAAGAGAUGCUGCGCGGGGGUGUGUUGCCAGGUCAGCUUACUUAUCAUUGUUUGAUCAACGCUUAUUGUCUUGAAGGUGAUUUCAGUAUGGCUUUUAUCUUGCAUGAUGAAAUGAUACACAAGGGUUUAUUGUCUGAUUCUGUUACUGGGUUUUCACCGUCUCUUGUUACUUACAACGCCCUUAUUCAUGGGUAUUGCUCUUUGGGGAGGGUUGAGGAGGCUCUCGGGAUUUUGAGGGGCAUGGCUGAGAUGGACUUGUCCCCUGAUGCCGUUAGUUAUAACAUUGUUAUUUCCGGAUUUUGCAAACUCAAGGAGCUGGGGAAGGCGUAUGGUUUGAAGGUGGAGCAGGAUGAAAGGCCCUAUAUCUGGGGGUGUUGUGAUAGAUUGUCUUCAUCACUUAUGGAAAGCCUGUCGGAUGAGGUUACUUAUACUAGUGUGAUCAAUGAUUAUUGUGCUGAAGGUGAAGUGUGUAAGGCUCUUAUAUUGACUGAUGAAAUGAGUAAAAUGAGUCGCUACGAGGGGGGUCAUUUGCGAACAUCUUUUCUCGAUUAUGUACUUAUGAAUGGGCUUGAUAAGAAAGCUAGAACAAGUGCUGCUAAGAAGUCCCUUCUGGGGUUGUUUUAUGGUUGGUGUACUAGACCGCCAGCUUUCAUAUAUGAUACUCUGAUAGAGAACUGCAGUAAUAAUGAAUUUAAGAGUAUGAUAGAGCUUGCCAAAAGUUUCUGGAUGAGGGGUUUAAAGAACGAAGCAGCCAGUGUUUUCAACACAGUACUUCAAUGGAAUUAUAAGCCAGAUGGAGCAGUUUACAAUUUAUUUAUUGUUGAACACUCUACGCGUCUUAAUGUUGAUAAGGCAUAUAAUAUGUACAUGGAGAUGGUACAUUAUGGUUUUGCUUCUCAUAUGUUCUCUGUACUUGCUCUUAUUCCAGCUUUAUUUCGUGUUGAAAGGCACAAUGAGAUAAGGACGGUCAUUGAAAACGUAUUGAGGAGCUGUAAUCUCAAUGAUUCUGAGCUACAUAAAGCACUUGGUGAAACUGGCGACGACAUCAUGAAAGGUAAGAUUGAAAUUGAAGAUGCUCUUUUGAAUGUGCUAGCUAAAAUAGCUAUGGAUGAUGGCCUGCUACUUAAUGGUGGAAAGUGUUCAUAUGCUCCAGCGAUACCAUAAACUUUAAUUAAGUAGAAAUAGUUUUGGGAAAUGAGUAAGAGCCACUCGAUGUUGGGAAAUGAGUCCAAUCAAUGAUCCAACUAAUUCCUUUGCAAUGCAAUUUGUUCUUAUUGAUUCUGAGGUACAUGACUAUUCCACUUGGUUUUCAGUCCACUAAACCCAAUCAAGUGUGAAAAUCGCAAAAAUCACUCUGGGUUAAAACUUAAAACAGGCCAGCAGGAUGUGGAUUUUUAAUACUUUUGCAUUGAUUACCCUGGGCUUCACACUUAUCUUCUGACCAUUCUCUAUUUGUGAAGCAUACAGGUUGACAUUUAACUAUUCUUUUGGUUUAUGUUGAUAAUGUUGUGUUAAAAGGAGACAAUUUGUCUGAGAUACAAUGUGUGAAGCAGUAUUUGGACCAGCAAUUCAGCAUCAAAGAUCUUGAUAGUUUGAAAAAAUUCUAGGAAGCGUUAGAUACAGCACAACCUUAGAUUCAACUCAUUGAUCUCCUUGAAGUAGAACCAACAUGGAGGCUAGAGUUUGAGAGCCUAGAUUCAAUGAAUAGUAAUGUAAUCCAAUUUCACCUUAGCUUUUAGCAAUUUCCAUGGUCUCACCUACUAAAAAAACUGUAAUUUUGUGAUGGAAUUAUGUGAUGGAUUAAAAUUUGUGGUGAAUAGUGAUGAAAUUAGUGACGCAUUUAAUACAUAGGAAGUGAAAUUUUUCUUUCCUUGUAUUUAUUUUCUUAUAGGCUAGAUGGAAAAUAUCAUUUUAUAAAUGUUGUAUGUAAUCCUAUCUCUAUUAUUUGAGUUUUGUGUUA